GCACGGUGGCGUGAUUGACACUUCUUGUGUCAAAGGUUACUUCAGGAACAUGGCUGCCUUCGGUGAAAAUAUCGGCAUGUACGAGGCCAGUUUUUCACGACUUCCAUCCCAAAGCAAUGUCUACGGCUUGUCCGUCCUGUCCAUGCCGACAUGGGAAGGCAGCAAGCUUCUAGUUGCGUCCCUCAGUGGAGGGAAGAUGUUCUGUUUAGAGUACCAGCGCUUACAGGGCGUGGUGAGACUGGUGUCCAGAGAGAUCCACUUCGCCUACAUCCCAGGUGAUGCAGACAUCGUCUCCAUUGACUCAUUCAACAGGGAAGGUACUCAACCUGGGACGUUAGGAGGCUUAGUAAUCGGCAUCACCUUUAUCAAGGAUCCCAGCAAUACCCCUGCCCAGUAUCUCAACAUCUACUCUGCUGCUGUAGAGAGUGGGCUGGAGUACAGCCUGGACACCAUCGCACAGAGCUGCAUGUGUAACAUUGAGCUGCAGUUCAUCCCCUUCCAGUUAACACACACGCGGCUCUGUGAGGAGGACGGGGGAGACACCGUCUUUCUUCUGGGAGGGAACGACCAAAAGAUUCACCUCUUCAGACAGGACAGAGAAACAAACCAGUUUAUGGAGGAGAACAUUACCGACUGUUUCCCUGAGUUUGACAACCUUCCCGGCAAUGCAGUCUGGAUGGACACGCAAAGAGUGGGAGGGCACAAAAGGAUCACUGCAUUUGGCUGUGAAGAUGGCCAUGUGAAUGUAGCUAUCGUCAACGAAUCCUCCAAAGAAAUCCAGUGUAUGGGAGGUGUACAACAUGACGGGCCCAUCACUUCAGUCAGGAUAUACAGGUCCAAGUUAGAUACCCCCUGCCCUGCAGUACUGGGUAACAAGGCCCCAGCACUACCCGUCCACACUACCCAGGAGGGGGAGUACCACCUUGUAGUGACAAGUGUGUUAGAGUUAGCUGUUGUGUACAGAGAGGUGAUGCUGGGAGGCCUGACCAGACAGGCUAUCCUACCGGAGAGUAACCUGUACGACUCUGCGUUGUGCUGCUGUGUGGGAGACGUGGACUGGGACGGGCAGAACGAAGUCAUCAUCGGAACGUACGGACAGGAGCUUCUCGUGUAUAAGUACUGUGAAGGCAGCAGUAGAGGCAGACACAAGUCUAACAGUUCCGUGGCCUCAGAAAAAUCUGCCAGUCUGGAGUCAGACUUCACUCUCCUGUGGAGGAGAAGCUUUGCCCAUCCCAUCCUGGCCCUGGCAUACCUGGACAUGACAAGGGAUGGACUGUGGGAACUAGUGGUCAUAUCAACUAAAGGGUGCCACAUCUUACAGCACAGUCUGGAGGAGGCUGCAGGGAAGAUUACAGAGAGGCUGGAGACCCUCGCUCUGCAAGGAACCACUGUAAAUGGGAGUAAAUGACAUUACUGACAAAACAGUGUAAAAUGAAUCUGUAAAAGUUGUAACGUUAUCACAUUGAAAAAAAAUAGAAUCAUGAGUAAGAAGGAUUACUUCAUGCAGAAUAGUUGUCUUAAUUUACCCAUUGUUACCAUCAUGUAUCAUUGUUUUGUGUGUACAUUAAAUAAUUUUUUAAAAGGAAAAUGUCUGAACUUUGUGCAUCUGCAAUGCAUGUACUAGAUGACAUCAUCCUAUUGUAUUAUAAAUUAAAUAAAUUGUAAGUAAAUUGAAUUAUGUUUAUGAUGUUGCUUAUUUGAAGAAUAUUAGAGGUUACUGAAGAAUCUCCAUCAGUAACAUUCAUAUAAGAUAUACUCAAGUAUUACAUGUACAAAGAUUAUGCUAUAGUAUGACAAUAACACCAGGGACUGAAUCAUUAAUCAGAAUGAUGCAAGCCAAGGACCAUUUUGUUGGUCUCUUCUGUCUUCCAUAUCUAUUAUCAAGAAAUUGCUGCGGCACAGAACUGACAUUGAUUUCCAGAGAACUGUACCUUGUCAGGGAAUCUAAUAUCUAAUGUUACCUGCCUUGUUUACCCUUAAUGAAUAUCAAUAUCUGGUUGAUGGCUGUGGAAAGUGGGAGUAACACUUUGCUUUUAUUGGUAACAUCUGAAAUAAAACAGUGAAAUUUGA